AUGCCAAGUGACUGCUCUUCGCCCUUGACUGGCGCUGCUGCUGGCGCUGUUGACUCGGCUGACUCACUUGAAGCCCGCUGUCUCGCGCUGCGCCUGAUUGGCUGCCUGGCUCCGCUGGCUGCUGACGUGGCACACGUGCAGGAGUUGGUGGUUCGGGCAGCAAUGGAAGCAGAGGGACCGCAGGAGCUCCGUCAUGCUCCCCUUGCUGCCAAUGUCCUCUGCCAUGUCUCCCCUCUGCCCCUCUCUCCCUUCUGCCCCUCUCUCUCCGCCUCUUCACGCCAAGUGCCCUUUCACCUGUCUUCCCACCGCAAGAUCUGCACAGCUCUCUUAGCGCUCCCACCUUCCUCCGUGUUCCCUUUGCUCGCUUCAUCCUCGAUCCCCCAUUUUCCCCUCUUCCUGUUCUACCCUUUUUCCCCUCCCUCCCUUUCUCCCUUCCUCUUCCCUCCCUCCCUCCAUUGUUCACCCCACCCCACCCCACCACCCUAG